GCCGGGCGCGCGGAGCCUAGCCGGAGCCGGGCCGGGCAGCAGGGCCUCCGCCGCCGCCUGGGCCCACCGCCCGCGCCCCCCACGCUGGCCCAGAGGUCUACCGCCGCGUCGCCGCUGAGGAUGUCCCGGAAGGGGCCGAGAGCGGAGGUGUGUGCGGACUGCAGCGCCCCCGACCCUGGCUGGGCGUCUAUCAGCAGGGGUGUGCUAGUGUGUGACGAGUGCUGCAGUGUGCACCGGAGUCUGGGACGCCACAUCUCCAUUGUCAAGCACCUUCGCCAUAGCGCCUGGCCUCCCACACUACUACAGAUGGUGCACACGCUCGCCAGCAACGGGGCCAACUCCAUCUGGGAGCACUCCCUGCUGGACCCCGCACAAGUGCAGAGUGGCCGGCGCAAAGCCAACCCCCAAGACAAAGUCCACCCCAUCAAGUCAGAGUUCAUCAGGGCCAAGUACCAGAUGCUGGCGUUUGUGCAUAAGCUUCCCUGCCGGGACGAUGAUGGGGUCACCGCCAAAGACCUCAGCAAGCAACUGCACUCAAGCGUGCGGACAGGCAAUUUGGAGACAUGUCUGCGCCUGCUGUCCCUGGGUGCCCAGGCCAACUUCUUCCACCCAGAGAAGGGCACCACACCUCUGCACGUGGCUGCCAAGGCAGGUCAGACUCUGCAGGCUGAGCUGCUGGUGGUAUAUGGGGCUGACCCCGGCUCCCCUGAUGUCAAUGGCCGCACACUCGAUUAUGCCAGGCAGGCGGGGCACCAUGAACUGGCGGAAAGGCUAGUGGAGUGCCAAUAUGAGCUCACUGACCGGUUGGCCUUCUACCUCUGUGGACGCAAGCCGGAUCACAAGAAUGGGCAUUACAUCAUCCCACAGAUGGCUGACAGCCUUGACUUGUCUGAGUUGGCCAAAGCUGCCAAAAAGAAGCUGCAAGCGCUCAGCAACCGGCUUUUUGAAGAACUUGCCAUGGAUGUGUAUGAUGAGGUGGAUCGAAGAGAAAAUGACGCUGUGUGGCUGGCUACCCAAAACCACAGCACCCUGGUGACGGAGCGAAGUGCUGUGCCCUUCCUGCCAGUUAACCCCGAAUACUCAGCCACACGGAAUCAGGGGCGACAGAAGUUGGCCCGCUUUAACGCCCGAGAGUUUGCCACCUUGAUCAUCGACAUUCUCAGCGAGGCCAAGCGGAGGCAGCAGGGCAAGAGUCUGAGCAGCCCCACAGACAACCUCGAGCUAUCUGCACGGAGCCAAAGUGACCUCGAUGACCAGCACGACUACGAUAGUGUAGCCUCCGACGAAGACACAGACCAGGAGCCCUUGCCCAGUGCCAGUGCCACUCGGAACAACCGUGCCCGGAGCAUGGACUCCUCAGACCUGUCUGAUGGGGCUGUGACGCUGCAGGAGUACCUAGAGCUGAAGAAGGCUCUUGCUACCUCUGAGGCCAAAGUGCAGCAACUUAUGAAGGUCAACAGCAGCCUAAGUGAUGAGCUCCGGAGGCUGCAGAGAGAGAUCCACAAGCUGCAGGCAGAGAACCUGCAGCUCCGGCAGCCAGCAGGGCCAGUGCCCACACCUCCGCUCACCAGUGAAAGGGCCGAACACACAGCCAUGGGGCCUGGUGGAAGCAGCCACCGCAGGGACCGCCAGGCCUUCUCCAUGUAUGAGCCAGGCUCCGCCUUGAAGUCAUUUGGGGGUACACCUGGGGACGAGCUUAGCACGCGCCUACAGCCCUUCCACAGCACUGAGCUAGAGGAUGAUGCCAUGUAUUCAGUGCAUGUCCCUACCGGCCUUUACCGGAUCCGGAAGGGGGUGUCUGCCUCCGCUGUGCCCUUCACUCCCUCCUCCCCACUGCUGACAUGCCCCCAGGAAGGAAGCCGCCAUGCGAGCAAGCUUUCCCGCCAUGGCAGCGGUGCUGACAGCGACUAUGAGAACACACAGAGUGGGGACCCACUGCUUGGGCUGGAAGGGAAGCGGUUCCUAGACCUGGGCAAAGAGGAUGAUCUCCACCCCGAGCUGGAAAGCCUGGAUGGAGACCUAGACCCUGGGCUCCCCAGCACUGAGGACGUUAUCCUGAAGACAGAGCAGGUCACCAAGAACAUUCAGGAGCUGUUGCGGGCAGCCCAGGAAUUCAAGCAUGACAGCUUUGUGCCCUGUUCAGAGAAGAUCCAUUUGGCUGUGACUGAGAUGGCCUCUCUCUUUCCAAAGAGGCCAGCCCUGGAGCCUGUGCGCAGCUCACUGAGGCUGCUCAAUGCCAGCGCCUACAGACUGCAGAGUGAGUGCCGGAAAACAGUGCCCCCAGAGCCCGGUGCCCCUGUGGACUUCCAGCUACUGACUCAGCAGGUGAUCCAGUGCGCCUAUGACAUCGCCAAGGCCGCCAAGCAGCUGGUCACCAUCACCACCCGAGAGAAGAAGCAGUGACCACUCUCCCUGCCCUUACCCACACCCUGGGACCUCACUGGCCACGGGAGCUGGGCCACUCCAGACACUAACCCACCCCAACAGAGCCACUGGCACAAGUGCCCUUAGUGCUGCCACUCUUCCUCCGGCAGCCAGGUGCCCUGGUGCCCACCCCCUUGAGCCCCAAGGAUGGGGAGGUGGGGUAGCAGGAGCUUCUGCCCCCUCAUUCCAAGCCCCUCCCCUGUACAUAAUAGCAUCCCCUCCCUUCCAGCGUGCAGGGGCCUAGAGGCAUCCUACUCCUCAAAGGGUAGGAUGGCAACACUCCAAAUGGGGGGGCGACUCCCCCUACCUGCACCCCACCCCCAUGAGCCAGUUCAGCCCUAUUGGGGGCUGAGCGGGGGCAUCCCCCUCCUUUGUACAUAAUCUGUGGAUGUCCCCGCCCUGUAGCCACCAGCCCCCUUGCUGCUCUCCUUUAAUGCCAAAAGGCCCCUGCCUAGGGCACAGGCCCCAACCUGUGUGCUGGGGUCCCCAGCAGCAAACACUGGAAAAAUCUUUUUUUCUCGCCUCUCCUCUACCCCUUAAUUUUAACUUUGUGGUAACAGAGUGUCCCCGCGUGCCUGCGUUGUGAGUGUAGCGGGCGGCAGUGCCGUUCCAGAGUCCUGGCCCAUCUGGAGUUUUGAGGGGCAAGGGAACCAGAGCAGCAGAACUACCAUUGGGGGCCAGCCCUCCCUCUCCCCAACCAGGAACCAGGGACUGCCAAGGAUCAUCAGCCGUGGUCCUGCCAGUGCUCCCACUAGUAUCCCUGCUCUAGGAACUUAAAAGGAAAACCACUUCCCUUCAACUCCUCCUCCUCCCUUGUGGAGAGAGUUAUGCUGGCCAGGUGGAGGACUGAGCACCUGAGCCUGGGGCUGGCUCCCCGGGGUCCCAACUCAGCUGGUGGCUAUGGAGCUGAGAGCCCUCCCCCAGCCUCAGCAAGGCCAGCACCCACAUCACUACCUGUACCUAAGGUGGUCCAACCCUCUGGAGGCCUGAGGACCUGGUUGUAGCCAGGAAGACGGGAGAGGUAGAGGCAGCACCCACUCGCUCUUUUUCCCAUCCGCCUCUCCCCCUAGGGGGCCAGGCCCUACCUGUGUGGUAGUGGGUGGGCUGUCAAGACGUGUGUCAUGUACAUUUGUAUCAAAAAUAAAUAAGUGACCAU